CACUCAGCAAAUAUUCAGUACAGGUUACAACGCAUCUUGACUGCCCAAACAUAAUGUAGGAGAGGGGGACCUGAAUAUUUUCGUAUGUUUUUCUUAGCAGUGUACAGAAUCGUAAACUUGCGCGUCCUUCCAGUGUUUUGUUGAUACUUGAGUAAUCGACCUCCUUUCCUCUUCGACUGGCGAAGCCCGUCAAUUGAACGCAGCUAUACUUAAGAGCCGCUCAUCAUUAGCGCCCAUGGACACAGCGGACCAAUCGGGUCUGCGUGCUCUCAAGUGGACUUCCGACUCAAUUCCAAACACACCCGGGGCUCGCUAGCGGGAGGGUCAUGCGCAUGACUAUAGCGUGAUUGCCGCAUUUUUGCCAGCCAGCAGCACCUCGAAGCGGAGAAAUCCUCCCACUAUCCUGAUGAUAUAUAAUUGUAGACCUCCGGAACCACAGUUUUUUUCGCUGAUCUCGCUAUCAUGGCUUUCACUUCCAUAGUAGUCAACCUCUUGACCGGAGCCGAGCUCUCCUAUAUCGACAGCGGCGCACCAACACAGUCCUCGUAUAUCACUAUAUUUGCUAUUCAUGGCAUGAUAUUCACAAAGGAAAUCUUCCAGCGGGUAAUAGACCUCGCACCAAGCAAAGGAGUCCGAUUUGUAGCUCUAAGCCGACGUCCUUUCCCCGGUUCCACGCCGUAUUCUGUGGAAGAGCUGGAUAUCCUGCAAUCCGCAGAUAAUGACGAUGCUCAGCGAGGAGCCUUCUUAGAGGCCCGCGGACAUGAGAUUGCUGUCUUCAUCGAUACGUUCAUACGGAAAUUCAACCUUCCACCGAUCUCGAGCUGUGGUGGGGGUGGCGUCGCACUUCUCGGAUGGUCGCUUGGUACGGCCUUGGUGUCUUUGGCGAUAUCGAGUGUUGGUACGCUUCCUGAAGACAUUCAGAAACGUCUAGAGAGAUAUGUACGCUCUGUCAUCCUUUAUGAACCCGGACCAAUUGCGCUCGGCCUACCCACCCCAAAGCAGUACUGGUCAUUCCUUGGAGAUCCCACCGUCCCAGAAGAUCUUCGCAUAGCCGCUUUCGGGCGGUGGUGUACUUCCUAUUUUGACCAUAGCGAUCUCUCGGGGCGCAAUCUCAAUAAACUGUCCUGGGUGCUGGCUUCUCCCUCCAGAGUGCCUUCGUUUUACAACGGAAUGCCCGCAGCCAUCCAGCGUCAUGGAGAUGAUGCCAUGACGGACCUACCGUUCUUGGUUUUAUCCUCCAAGCAGCUCUUGCCGGCUUACCGUAGGGCGUUUUUCGACCCCGAAGUAUUUCCAGAUGUGAAAAGGUCGGUGUUGUGUGGGGAUAAGACAUGCGGAUUCGCGAUUGCUGCAUUGUGGGCGGUGCAGGAUGAUGAGAAGGAACAGAGACCUGCAGAUGCGAAGGCGAUCGAGUAUAAAUUUAUUCCGGGGGCAAAUCACUUCGUGCACUGGGAUGACCCCGAGAAAGCUCUAGAUGUGUUUAUUGAGUUUGCAUAGUCAUCCAUUUGUUUCACGUAUCUUCGUGGAGAGACUAGGACUGAGAUGCGAUAGCAUGUUGGAAACGUUCAAACUAAUGAUAGUUUUCAUUCCCCCCCCCCGAGUCGGUGGCUUAACAAAUGCGUCCCAUAUAUGCUAAAAUAGAUGUAUCAUCCAGAGCAGGAUUUUUCAAUGUACUAUGAUCCACUAAAGCAUAGACAAAGAAUAAUGGGUCAUG